AUGAAUUUGGAUUGCGGAACGAGAACUGUGAAAUACUUGCUAUUUUUGUUCAACCUGUUAUUCGCGAUAUCAGGAUUGGGAAUUCUCAUUGCGGGAGCUGCUGUCCUUGCUGACAUCGGAGAUUUCAAGCAUUUUCUCGAAGGCAAGGUUAUUGCUCCUCCGAUCGUUUUAAUCGUCGCUGGACUCUUAAUUUUUGCCAUUGCGACGCUGGGAUGUUAUGGCGCCCUUCGAGAGAACCCGAGUUUGUUGAUGAUUUUUGCCGUUUGUCUCGGAAUUAUUUUCAUCUUUGAACUUGCCGUGGGAAUUGCUUCGAUCGCCUUCAAAUCGGAUCUGGAACAAACCAUUAACCGAAGCUUGCAACAUAGUAUCCAGCGACGAAGUGAUGCCGACAUGAUGGCAUGGGACCCGUUGCAACGUCGCUUGAAGUGUUGCGGAGUUUUGGGAGCGAAAGAUUGGUACACGAGCAAUAAUGCGACAAUUCCUGUGAGUUGCUGUCGACCCGAUCAUAUCGAUUAUUCGAUUGGAGAUUGCAAGAAUGCGGCGGCUUUUUACAUCGAUCGGUACUUUUCGGACGGUUGCGUUUACAAGCUAAAACAACGCGUGGAAGACAACGCAAAAAUCCUCAUUGGCGUCGGAAUCGGAAUCUGCUUCUUGCAACUCUUUGGCAUUUUCCUCGCUUGUUGGCUAGCGUCUGCCAUCAAACGCGAAAAGGAAUAAACGCAUAAAAAACCUCAAGGAAAAAAGCUACUUCCAAAUAGACAGA